AUGCCGAACCGCAGGGCCAGCCGCAAUGCCUACUAUUUCUUCGUGCAGGAAAAGAUCCCCGAACUACGACGGAGAGGCCUGCCUGUGGCUCGCGUCGCGGAUGCCAUUCCCUACUGCUCCGCUGACUGGGCGCUCCUGAAGGAGGAGGAAAAGGAGAAAUACGCAGAAAUGGCUCGAGAGUGGAGAGCUGCCCAGGGGAAGGACUCCGGGCCUUCGGAGAAGCAGAAACCUGUUUGCACUCCAUUGAGGAAGCCAGGCAUGCUUGUACCAAAGCAGAAUGUUUCACCCCCGGAUCUGUCAGGCUUGUCUCUAAAAAGUGACCAAGCUCUCCUUGGAGGCAUUUUUUAUUUUUUAAAUAUUUUUAGCCAUGGCGAGCUACCUCCUCACUGUGUACAGCGCUUCCUCCCUUGUGAAAUAGGCUGUGUUAAAUAUUCUCUCCAAGAAGGUAUUAUGGCAGAUUUCCACAGUUUUAUAAAUCCUGGUGAAAUUCCACGAGGAUUUCGUUUUCAUUGUCAGGCUGCAAGUGAUUCUAGUCACAAGAUUCCUAUUUCACACUUUGAAUCUGGGCAUGACCAAGCAACUGUGUUACAAAAUCUUUAUAGAUUCAUUCAUCCAAACCCAGGGAACUGGCCACCUAUCUACUGCAAGUCUGAUGAUAGAGCCAGAGUCAACUGGUGUUUGAAGCAUAUGGCAAAGUCAUCAGAAAUCAGACAAGAUCUAGAACUUCUCACAGUAGAGGAUCUUGUAGUAGGGAUCUACCAGCAAAAAUUUCUGAAAGAGCCUUCUAAGACCUGGGUUCGGAGCCUCCUAGAGGUGGCCAUGUGGGAUUAUUCUAGCAACACAAGGUGCAAGUGGCAUGAAGAAAAUGAUAUUCUCUUCUGUGCUUUAGCUGUUUGCAAGAAAAUUGCGUACUGCAUCAGUAAUUCUCUAGCCACUCUCUUUGGAAUCCAGCUCACAGAGGCUCAUGUUCCACUUCAAGAUUAUGAGGCCAGCAAUAGUGUGACACCUAAAAUGGUUGUGUUGGAUGCAGGGCGUUACCAGAAGCUAAGGGUUGAGAGUCCAGGAUUCUCUCAUUUCAGCUCUUCUAAUGAAGAACAAAGAUCAAACACACCCACUGGUGACUACCCAUCUGGGGUGAAAAUCCCUGGCCAAAACAGCAGUGUUCGGGGAAGAGGGAUUACCCGCUUACUAGAGAGCAUCUCCAGUUCCUCCAGCAAUAUCCAUAAGUUCUCCAACUGUGAGACUUCAGUCUCACCUUACACAUCCCCAAAACACGGAUGCAAAUCUUUCUCUUCCUUAUCUUAA